CCAAGUGAUAUGCGACGAUGUCUAUCUCUUGCCAGGCCUAGGACAGAUGGCACAGGAAUUGUGUCUCUUUGCACGGCGGGUAAAUAUUUGGAACACCGAAGUGGAGAUAAUAUGUUGGAGGAAGGAGCACAAAGACCGUCAGAACUUGCCCAGUAAUCCCAGCCAAGUUGCCACGUUCCCCAUCCCCAUUUCCUUCUUAUCCCAUCUCUGGCAAACGAUCGGAAAGUGUGCUGCUUACGGUCCCCGCAUCUGACGAUCUU